CCUCUCCUGUGUUUGUCAUGAAGAUGGGUCCGCUCAGGUCCCCAGCGCUGCCCUUCCUCAUCUGCAUCGUCUUUGUCCGUGGAUCUCUUGCUUAUCUGGUGCUUCCCCCCGACGCUGCCCUCACCAGGACGGCUGCUGCAAUGCCUAUACGACAAGCAUCACUCGAGAGGCUCCCUCCUGCUCUGCAACAGUCGGGCUCCUUCCAGCUGGCAGAUCUAUCGCUCACUGGCACCCUGCAAAUGGCCAAAGAUGACAUUGCGAAGGACAGCCAGAUGCAGACGAAAAAGGAGCUGACGAAGCAAAUCGACAACAGCAAGAUCGGCAGCAAGCUGGCUGCACGGCUGGCAGCGUCUGAGAAGAAAGAGGCGGCGGAGCAGGCCGGCAAGCCAAAAGAGGGCGAGGUGAUCAGCUCAAGGACAGGGAAACCGAAGAAAGUCAAGGUUGGAGAGUUCUACUGACGUGACGCCACGGCUGCCCGGAUGGGAUAUGGAUUCAUGAGCAUCAAUGACGAGAGAGGCGGACGGACGGACGGACGGAUGGAUGCAGUGAGUGCAGGAAGGUGGAUUGACGACGGACUGCGUGUUCUGUUCCAUGCAUGGCAUGAUGCCAUCCCUGUCUGUACAGGACAUGUAUGGAUGCGAUGCGAUGCAUAGUCUGCGUUCAUCCAUCCAUGCAUCCGUGCGUACGUGAGGGCGGUAUCUGUAUAGCCAGCCAGCCAGUGAGGUGAGGUGCGAUGGAUGGAUCGACGGACGGACGGAUGCGUGUGUGUGGUCAGAUGUGCUUUCUUCAUGCGUGUGCAGACUGAUUGACUGUGGCGUGCGUGGCAUGAUGUGUCGCGUACGUGCGGUCGCCUGAAUGCGUCAGGCAAGAUAAGAUGAUAGUACGCCA